AUGUUCUCGGAAAUCAAUGAAUUGGUUGCAAUCAUCAUCAUUGUCGUUUUGUGCUGUUUAAUGUUUUUCGCUUGGCUUUUCUCGAUGGCCACAUGUCCCGAUAAAAUGGUUUCGCUCAUUUCUGGAACAAAAAGCGAUUCCACAUAUUCGUCCAAUCACGAGUCAAAAGAAUUGAUACGCGACGAUGAGGAUAGUGGAAAAGAGAUGGUGAAAAGUAUUUCAUCAGUUUAUCUUCAAUUGAACCCAUCUCGACGAGCAUCUGAUAAGAAACUUUCCGUUGUUCCGGAAGCAGAUGAACAGUCAACCGUUCAAUCGCGAGCCCCCGAAAUGAGACCCUCGAUUCUGCAAAGAAGUGCGCCUAUCAUCGAUAAAACGAUUGAUGAGGUCGUU